UCAGUCAGCUGUAAAACGUCACAGCAGAGCGGAGGAAGCAGGAUUGCCAGCACUCCAGACUGCCAGAAGCCGGCUGCUCCAUCUCGUCAGUGGACCUCUUGUAUCUCUUUUAGACAUUAUGGAGCUCUUUUUUGUUUUCCUCCUCAUCCUAAGCUUGCCAGAACAGAUGAUGUGGAUUGACAAAAGCAUAAAGGACUCCUAACUCUCAAGACCUUCUGGACUAUCUUCUUCCCUCUGUCAAUCAUUCAGCUGUCCCGGCGAGCAGUACUAUCAUAUUUUCUGGAUAAAGAUGUGCCUUCACAUUGGUCAAGCUGAUCAGACUGGGUCAAUGGAUUGAGGACCCUAUCCAACAAACACUAAACUCCAUUGGACGGACUUUGAACUACAGCCAAUGGAUUAUUUGGUAGAUUGGAGAAACUGGACUUUGUCAUGACUCUUCAUUGUCAGGUUCAUUCUCUUGAACCUUUUGUGAUGUCAAAGUAUUCUUACCAACCUUUAAUUAUAAAUUCAGGGUUGGUUAAAGACUUGUCAUAUAUGGAGCAUCUGUGCUAGUAAAUGAACAUCGUGAAAGACGACUAAGGAAUUGUUCUUAAUGAUUGUGUCGUGCUGACAAAUGGAAUCAUCAUCGUGGCUGAGUCACCACAGGGCUAGAGAUGCCACGCUCUAUUGCCCUGUUGUGGAAAUCAACACCUGUAUAACACGAUCAUUAAUCAGGGAAAAUGGGUGGCAAUCUCUCACUUGUUACACCUGAUUUUCACGUCUGAAGAUUUUAAGACAUGCCAGUCGCUAAAAAUCUAUUUUCCUUAGAGGUAAAAAGGAUUAUUAUAAGCUGAUAGCUUUACUCUUCAUUGUCAAGAACGAUUGAAGUAAAGCCUGUCAUUUCUUUAUAAUCCUUUGAGAGUGGAUCAACCAUGCAUUCAAAAAUCCAGUGUCUCUGCUCUUCAAACAUUUGACCUUGCACUUUAUGAACCAAGGACGGACAUCGAUUGGUUUCUCGUUCACUCUGCUCACUUCUUUGGACAGGUGAACUCAACUCAAGUUUAUUUGGACGCAUCAGAACCAGAUUUCUUCCUCCCUGCUUGGACUGCAGUGAAUUUUACCAUGGGAUAACGAUACGUUGAACUAAGUACCCCUCGUCCAUCAUGGUGGUGACGCGUCUGGAGCUGGAGCUAUGCUACCAGGGCAGGAAGUUACGUGGAGUGACAUGGAAGUUGACUCGAUCAGAAUAUGGUUUCCUACCGGAGAGUUCCUGGCUCAUUGCUGCCCAGGUUAUAGUGCCCUACCUGGUGUCAGGGCUCGGAUUGGUCUCCGCUGGCAUUGUUAUGGACCUUAUACAACACUGGAAGGUGUUUAAGGUGAUAACGGAGGUGUUCAUCCUGGUGCCCGCGCUGGUUGGACUCAAAGGAAACCUGGAGAUGACCCUCGCUGCUCGCCUCUCCACUGCUGCCAACACAGGCCAGAUGGACGACCCUGGUAAACAAUGGACCAUGGUGUGCAGCAACCUGGCACUGAUACAGGUUCAGGCGACAGUGGUGGGUUUCCUGGCAGCAGUGGCAGCUAUUUGUUUAGGGUCCUUUUCUCGAGGGGGGAUUGAACUGGACCAGGCCGCUGUUCUCUGUGCCAGCAGCAUCAUCACUGCCUUUGUUGCUGCUCUUUCCUUAGGCCUGGUGAUGAUAGGAGUGAUCAUUGGCUCCAGGAAGGUAGGGAUCAACCCGGACAACGUGGCCACCCCCAUCGCUGCCAGUCUGGGGGAUUUAAUCACUCUGUCCCUGCUGGCCACCGUCAGCACCGUACUGUAUGAAUAUAUAGAUGUGUGGUACCUGUCCCCCCUGGUGUGUGUGCUCUUCUUGGCUCUGAUCCCCCUGUGGGUGGUGUUGGCGCGGCGCAGCCCCCAGAUCAGCGAGGUGCUCCGCUCAGGGUGGCAGCCUGUUUUAGUCGCCAUGUCCAUUAGCAGUUUUGGAGGCCUUAUACUGGACAAGACAGUGAGCGAUCCAAACUUUAAAGGCAUGGCUGUCUUUACGCCUGUUAUGAAUGGAGUGGGUGGUAACUUGGUGGCCAUCCAAGCCAGCAGGAUCUCAACGUACCUGCACUUCUGGAGCAUCCCGGGGGUGCUGCCCUACAAGAUGAGGCAGCACUGGCCCAAUCCCUGCAUCACCUUCUUCUCCUCAGGGGUGAACUCCAGGUCAGCGCGGGUGCUUCUGAUGCUGGUUGUCCCCGGUCACCUGGUCUUCCUCUAUGCCAUCUCUCUGCUGCAGGGAGAGGAGGCGCCUAUCAGCGUGGCCUUCGCCAUCUGCUACCUGUUUGCUGCUCUUCUGCAGGUGGCCAUCCUGCUUUACUUAGCCGACCUCAUCGUCCGUGUGAUGUGGAGACGGAGCCUGGACCCUGACAACUUCUCCAUCCCCUACCUGACCGCCGUGGGGGACCUGCUGGGCACCGGCUUCCUGGCCCUGUGCUUCCACAGCGUCUCGCUGGUUCAGAACCUGGGACUCUGAAGGUUUUUCCUUUUACUCAUGAACUCUUAGUCAGCCACCAUCUUGUUUCACCUGUUUCGUUACACAGAAAUGCUUGGAUUGGACAAUAAAGCAUUAUUCAAUGGUUAUCACUGGGACAAUCCAUACUGAGGAAUCUGUCUUUGUCACAAGUUCAGACCUUUAAUAGGAUGGAGAGACUGCACACACCCACCUUUUACCAUCCAUGUGGGUGAGGAACCACGUCCAACCAAUCUAAUAAUUGUAUUUAAGGGAAAAAGGCUUUCAAGUUUAAAUUCUCCACCUGUCAGUAUGUCAAACUUUAUUUUGCUAUUAUUCCUCUCUAUCUGUCUUUCACAGAGGUGUAAGUCCUACAUGUGCAAGUCAUGAGCAAGUCUCAAGUCUUCACCUACAAGUCUCAAGCAAGUCCCAAGUCACUGUGGUGAGAGUCAAGCAAGUCAAGUCAUUGCUCAGGUCAAGCAAGUCAAGUCAUUGCUCAGGUCAAGCAAGUCACAAGUCAAGUCAUACGAAAUGCUGAUAAAUAACCCCAGUUUCCGCAUUUAAAUCAGUAAAAAUGUUGUGGUUAUGAAAAGUUUAGUUUUAUUUUCAACAUAAACAGCAAUGGAGAGUGGGGCGCUGAAAUGAUAACCCUUUAAGUUCUAAAAGGGCUCUAAAGUGAAAACAGGAGUACAACACAAAUAUUUUACAUCAACAUGUUAAGCCUCCUGCCCUGGCUCCCUUUCAGCAGGGUCACAGCAUUUAUCCAUGGUCUGUCUAAGGUGCUCCCAUAUGACACUGUCUCAUUGUUUUCCUAACUGUGUCUGUGCACAAAGAUAUAUUGCAUCAAAGCCAAUACAACGAAUG